AUGGCAUCAUAUGACAGCGAAAAGUUCUCAAACGAUGAGAAAGUCACUAUACACCAUGUUGAAGAGGUGAUACCUCAGUAUACCGACGAAGAGUAUAACCACCUAAAGCGAAAGGUGGAUAGGUAUCUUCUUCCGCUCAUGUGGCUCUGUCAUGGACUCCAGCAAGUCGAUAAGGCCUGCGUCGGUACUCAAGCCACGUUCGGGCUACGCGAAGACACAGGCCUCGUCGGACAGCAGUUCUCGUGGCUAACGACAGUCUUCUAUUUCACUUACAUGUGCUUCGAGAUCCCGUCUAUCAUCUUGCUGCAGCGAUACUCGAUGGGUCGGAUCCUGUCCAUUUUCGUUGUGUGUUGGGGGUUCGUCGUGCUGAGCAUUGGGUUCGCCCAGAAUUUCGUCCAUCUCAUCACGCUUCGAGCGUUGCAGGGAGUGUUCGAGUGCUCGAUAAGUCCCGGAUUCCUCUUGGUCGUCGGGGCUUGGUAUACCACGCGAGAACAUCCCUCUCGCUCCUUGGUCUUCCAGAGCGGCUACGCUGGUGUAAGCAUUAUCACCGACUCGAUAAAUUACGGCAUCGGCACUGUCACCAACAAGAACCCGGAUUUUGAGGCCUGGCGGUACAUGUCUUAUUUUCUAGGCAGUCUGACUAUCGUCGCGGGAAUAUUUUGCUUUCUACUUCUUGGUACACCCUCGGAAGUGCGCUGGCUUUCCGCAGAGGAGAAAAAGAUAGCCACAGCUCGGAUAUUGUCUAACAACACUGGUCAUGAUCGAACAGGCAUCAAGGACUGGAAAUGGGGGCAGGUCAGAGAAUGUCUGGUUGACCCAGUGUUUUGGAUAGCCGGGGCAAACGCAUUCCUAGGAUCAGUCCCUAACGGUGCUCUGACGGCAUUUUCUGGGAUAUUGACCACCAGCUAUGGCUUUACGAGUCUGCAAAAUAUUCUCUUGAAUAUCCCAAAGAUGAUUUUCUCGGUGCUAUACUUCGUGGCAAUCGGGUUGCUGGUUACUAGGAAGAAGGACCUUCGCAUGUGGACCAUGGCGGUCUCCGCACUACCGCCAAUAGCUGGAUUCCUCAUCAUCGCCCUCCUUCCGAAUGAGCCGCAAUACAAGUGGACCAAAUGGGGCGGGCUUUUCAUGACUUCUACCUAUGUAGUAGGCACGUUCUUUUCAUGGUCGCUUAUCCCGUCUAAUAUAGCGGGACGAACAAAGCGAACGGUCGUAUCCUCGAUCACCUUCGUAGGUUAUUGCGUUGGAAAUAUGACGGGGACUCAGAUCUUCCAGGCCAAGGACGCACCAAGAUAUAUCCCGGGGACCAUCGGCUGCGUUUCAUGUCUGGGGCUCCAAAUGGCGUUGAUCCUUUUGUGGAGGAGUAUCCUGGUCAUGCGCAACAGGCGGAGAGAUGCGACUAUGCGUGGGCUGGGAAUGUCGGAAGAGGACCGAGAUAAGGCUGGCUUGGAAAUGGGCGAACGAGACCACACCGACUUUGAAAACCCCUACUUUCGAUACGUAACCUAGGGAAAAAUAGGAGGUAGCCGAGGUAGGCGGAUAUUGCAAUUGUUAACGAGGUUGGGAAUAGUAAACCGAGCACCUCUAGAGGGCACGGGUUAGAGGCUCCAUUAGCCCCAUGCAUAUUUCGCAAAUAUUUACUAGGUAGGUUAGGGGGUGUUGCAUAGGAAAUCCCCUAGCUUUUAUACUUGCCGAUCUACAGUUUAAGAUUCUUAAGAUACCUUUUUAUGCACAAGCCCAUAACACUGAGCUCGCAACGUGCUUUCAUCGUAGAAAUUACCUUGCAAGUUACUUAGUGGACAAGGUAAGAGACAGGGGACCGGUACCUAUAAAUACUUCCCACGCGUCUCCCAUGCGUAGGAGGCCUGCGUUGGUGGUCCGGGCUGGGUAUAAAGACAUGCCAAG